AUGGUAGCUUUUUCUGGAGAAGAGGAGAAUCACACAAUUUCCUUUGAUGAAUGUAAAUUAUCAAGUGGAACGGCUCAAUUGGUUGAUAAAGAUGGUGAGCCUGCAUAUUUAGUAGAAUUCAAAGGACAAGAAACAAUUUUUACAGUUAAAGAAAUUACUACAAAAUAUAUUGCCAGUCUUCGUGAAAGUGCGGAAAACUUUUUAGGUCAACCUGUUACAGGUUCUGUUCUAGGAGUUCCUACUUAUUUUACUGAACAACAACUUGAAGCAUUAAAAAUAGCUGCCGAAAAUGCCGGAUUAUGUGUUUUACAGUUAAUCAAUGAACCUUCAGCAGCAGCAUUAGCUUAUGAAUUAGGACAACAACAAUUGACAGAAUUAGAUAAUAAAUAUCAAGAUAGUACUGUUAUGAUAUUUGAUUUGGGUUCAGAUAGUCUUGAUGUGACAAUUUUGUCUAUUCGUUCAGGAAUGUAUACAAUAUUAAGUACUACACAUGAUCCGGAGUUGGGAGGUGCCGCGUUUGAUGAACUUUUGGCGAAUCAUUUUGCCAAUGAAUUCAAACGCAAAACAAAAAUUGACGUAUUACAAAAUAAACGAGCAAUGGAUAAAUUGAGAAAUGCAGUCGAAGGUACAAAGAAGACUUUGUCGAGUAGUAAUAUGUCUCCAUGUUCAAUUGAGUCUUUAGCCGAGGGAAUUGAUUUACAUGGAUCAAUUAAUCGAACUAGAUUUGAAAUUAUGGCAAAUAAACUCUUUAAUAGAAUCAUGGAAGUUAUAACUAAUACCCUGGAAAAAAAUGACUUGGAACCUCAAUUUAUUAAUGAAGUAAUUCUUGUUGGAGGUGCAUCACGUAUUCCAAAACUUCAAUCCAAACUUCGGGAAUUAUUUAUAAAUCAAAGUACUAUCAUUCGACAAGAUUUUGAACCGGAUGAAGUAGUUGCUUAUGGAUGUGCUUUUCAAGGAACCUUGCUAGCUAGUAUAGAUGAUGAAAUAAUCAAUAAUAGUAUUAAGACUAUAUCUUCAUCACAUUUGUCAAAACCUAUUGGUGUAAUAAACGCUAAGAAGGAAUUUGUGACGAUUAUACCAGAGAAUACACCUUUACCGGUUCGCCGUACAUACACAUUUUCAAAUAUAUCAGCUAAUCAAAAAGAAAUUUAUGUUGAAAUAUGGGAAGGAGAAUAUAAAAAAGUUGAUGCUGCAUCAUCUCAUCAAGCUACAUUUAAAACUGAUAAAAUUGUAAACAAUGAAGAAGGUGAUAAUAUCUUGGAAAAGAAAGUAUCACCCAAACAAUUGUCUCCUAUAAUAACUCCAGGUAAAUUAAUAGCUGAAUUGGUGAUAAAUGAUUUACCUUCGGGAAAGGAAGAACAACUUAAAGUUGAAUUCAUCAUAGAAGUUGAUGACAAUAAUAAAUGUACCAUAAUAGCAAAGGAAUCAACAAUAAAAAAGCUUGAAUUUGUGAUUGGUGCAUAA